AUGAUAGAUCAGGAGAAGUUGGACAGGUUCAAUAUCCCACAAUACAUGCCGUCGCCGGCGGAAGUGGAAGCGGAAGUACAUACACAGGGAUCCUUCGCAAUCGAUCGCCUAGAGGUUUCCAAAGUAAGUUGGGAUGUCUCCAACGGUGAGCUGAGCGGCUCCGAUGAAGGCCACAUGAAAAAUGCCGCCGGUUACAACAUUGCGAACAACAUUAGAGUGGUGGCAGAGCCGCUGCUGGUCAGCCACUUUGGCGCCGGCGGGGAAGAAGUCAUCGACGAGGUUUUCAGGAGGUACGCGGCCAUAGUGUCGGAGCGAAUGGCCAAUGAGAAGACGGAAUUCGUCAACGUCAUUGCCUCGCUCACUAAGAAGGCUGUGAGCCCACAAGCCCAUGUUUAA